UGGGCUCUGCCUGGGAUGAGCUUUACUGCCCUCCUGCCAUUUUACUUCUUAGCAUGGAAAACAAGAGCCAAAAGAGCUGCCAUUGGAGCUGCAGUCGGAGCAGGAGUGGCACUUGUUGCCAUCCCGGCGUGCAUUGCUGGGCUGGGGUUCACCGCAGGUGGCAUCGCCGCUGGAUCCAUCGCUGCCAAGAUGAUGUCGGCAGCUGCCAUCGCCAACGGCGGCGGAGUGGCAGCCGGCAGCACCGUGGCCGUGCUGCAGUCCAUCGGAGCUGCGGGCUUCUCUCUUGCUGCCAAAAUUGGGCUGACGACUGGCCUGGGGUCACUUGGGGCAGCAGCUGGUGCCUCGCUGCCCUGCAAGGGCAAGAAGACUCCAAAUGACAAACCCAAGAGAAGGUAACUCCAGGGGACAAACCCAAGGAGGCAGCAACUGAUGAUGAUCCCGAGUUGUUGCCAGGCAGCGUGGCAGGUGCUGGGAAGCCCCCACAGACCCCACCCUCUCAAAAGCUUUGGAUUCCCUUGAGCAGUGAGUGCCCUGAAGUCAAUAAAGGUGCUUUGCCUGCAGCA